AUGCUCCUGCCGGGUCUCACCCUGGUAGUGUCGCCGCUGCUGGCGCUCAUGACCGAUCAGCUCCACGGUCUGCCCCCGGCGCUGCCCGGCGCCGCGCUUCGCAGCGAUCAGAAACCCGCGCAGCUGUUCGGUACCCUGGAUGAGUUGCGAGCCGGGCGCCUAAAGGUGCUCUUCGUGUCCCCGGAGAGGUUGCUAAACGAGAGGUUUCUGUCUGACCUGCGAUGCGUGCCCGGAGGCGUGUCACUGGCGGUCGUGGACGAGGCACACUGCGUCUCCGAGUGGUCACACAACUUUCGUCCGGCGUACCACCGCCUGGGACGCAUCCUUCAAUCCCGGCUUCAGCUUCAAGGUCCGGUGCUGGCACUCUCAGCCACAGCCACCGCGCGCACUGAGCGCCAUCUCAGGUCUCAGCUGUGUAUCCCGAAGGAGGGUGCGUAUCGCAACGACACAAUCCGGCCGAACCUGACACUGGCCGCCAUGCGUGUUCCGGCCAACUCCAGGGAUCCCACCCUGUUUUACAUGCUCACGAAGGAGCCGGAGUACAGCGAGGGAUCGGUCAUCGUCUACACAGCGUUUCAGAACCAGGCAGAGACGGUGGCUGCGUACCUGCAGACCAAGGGCGUCGUCGCCAAGGCUUACCACGCGGGUCAGGAGCCGAAGGAUCGCGCCAGAACCCAGGCGCAAUUCUUUGGCGGCAGCGUGCGGGUGGUCGUCGCGACGGUUGCCUUCGGCAUGGGCCUUGACAAGCCCGACAUCCGCGCCGUGAUCAACUACAGCCUUCCGAGGUCACCUGAGGCGUACAUUCAGCAGGCGGGGCGCGCCGGUAGAGACGGACAGCCGGCGCGGUGCGUGUCGUUCAUCGACCCUCAGGACUUUACCAGGCUUCGAUCGUUGUCAUUCACCGACGGCGUGGACAGGCCAACGGUGCUGAAGCUCCUCGAGAAGGUGUUCCUGGGCAAGCAAAAGGACGCCGUCGCGGAGGGCCGACAGACGGUGGGGGCGCUGAUAGUGCAGAAGCUCGAACGGGAGUUGGACAUGCGCGGCGAGGUGAUCGAGACGGUACUUUCGUGUCUGGAGCUCUGGGACGACGCGGAGAUUUCACGGCGAUGCGCUGCGACGGCGAGUGAGGACGGGGCUGAUGGUGUUGAGGCUCUGGAGGGUGACGCGAGCAACGAAGGCGUGGGACACCUCAUCAGGGUUCUGCCGGACAUGCGCGCCACUUGCGAGCUCAGGUUCCACGGUAAGACGCCCGAGCAGCUGGCGACGCAGUGUCCACUCGUCGCCGCUGUGCUGCAGAUCGGCGGUAAGCCCAAGGCUGGCGCGUACAGAUUCUCUGUGGCUGAGGCUGCGCGCCGCAUGAACGACGGCCUCGAGGAGGUCAGCGCGCAGUUGCAGGCUCUCAGCGCCAACGGGGAGGCUGCGUACGAGCUCACGGACCGAGCCGUCGGGUACGAGAUUCUCCAUCCGCCGCCGGACCUCCGCCAGCUCGCCGCCGCCCUGGCCGAUCACCUCGCUCGCGUCGAGGCGUCUACCGUCGAGAAGCUGGACACCGUGUACGGCGCGCUGGUCGCGGCGGCGGACUGCGAGGAUGACGAAUCGCAGGGCGCGUCGCUCAGAACCAGCCUAGAGGCGUACCUCGGCGGCGACGGCGCGUUCCACGUUCCCGACCUCGCCGACGUGGUCUCCAAGGAGGAGCCGAGGAGGUUGAGGGAUGACGUGAGGGAGCUGCUCACCACGCGAAGCGGCGGGAAGACCGGCGGCGCGGGUGCGAUGUCCGCGCGCGCGGUGGCGAGGGUGUUACACGGACUCGGGUCGCCGGCGUACCCGGCUCAGGAGUGGAGGCGAAACGACAUCGGGAAGCGCAUGUGGGAGAAAUACGUGGGGACGGACUUCAACCUUCUGGUGAAGGUGGCGUCCGAGGAGCUGCUCGCCAUGAGAGGAGUUGUUCGCCAGAAGUAG